AUGGGACUUUAUAGCAAGGGUAUCAGGUUUGAAGGUGGAGGGAGACAGUCCAUAGGUUUGAAUAGAACAGGUAAGAGUUGCAGGUUACGGUGGGUUAAUUACCUCCACCCUGAUCUCAAACGAGGGAAGCUGACACCCCAAGAAGAACACCUCGUGAUGGAGCUGCAUUCCAAAUGGGGAAAUAGAUGGUCAAGAAUUGCUGGGAAGCUACCAGGGCGCACUGACAAUGAGAUUAAGAAUUAUUGGAGGACUCACAUGAGGAAAAAGAAGGCUCUAGAGAAAAAACGUGCAUCAUCAUCUUCAUCAUCAUCAUCACCUGUGUCUUCUAGAUCUCUAGCUUCACUAUCCUCAAACAACCAUGCUGUGGAUUCACAUGCUUCCAAAGAGGUGGGAGACGAGAGCUUUUAUGACACAGGUGGAAAUGAUGACAUGAUGGGGUUGAUCGGAGUUGGAAAAGAGGAAGGUGGUGAAAAGGGGUACUCUAUGGAUGACAUAUGGAAAGAUAUUGUUGUGUCAGAAGAGAACAACAUGUAUAAUAUUCUGCAACCUGUGUAUGAAGGGCACAGUGAAGAGGGAUGCAACUUCUCUUGUCCAUCAUCAUGGGAGUACAAUUGUUUUCACCCUCUAUGGGUGAUGGAUGAAGAAGAAAGUAACAAGAUGUUGUUCUCUGCAUUCAGUGAUCAAUACUAUUCCUGCUACGAACAAGGCAAUGCAUUUCUAACCGGCUAA